AUGUCUGAAGCAAUUGUGGCCAAGUAUGUUGGGACCAGUCCUGAUUUGCGUAAAGAACACAGCAAACCUUUCCAUGAGCGUGACAAAGUGUAUGAAAACCAACUCCUCCGCAAUUGUGAUGAGCUCAUGUAUGUUGAUUUAUGCCAUGCCAUGAAUUCUGGAGAUAGACUAAACCGCACAAGUUUACUGCUGGUUGUCCUUGUACAGGAAGUGAAGGUGGUGGGUGUGAGCAAGAUCAACAAUGCAGUCGAGGAUUUUGUUGGCGAUGACAAGUUGGGCCCCAAAAAAGUCGACACCUCCAUAACCAGCAUCAACCAUCUGCUUCUCUCUCCAAUCUUCAAGAUGCACAAGUCCUGGUUGCAAAUAUUGCAACAAAGCUGCAACAAACAACAGCUGCAUCUCUCACACACACCUGCCGCCACCGUUCUCACUGUGUUCUUCACUGCAGGAUUUGCAAAGUAUUUGUCAACAACGCAGCGUCGGCACAAGCAAGAAUUAAUAAAGAUAUCCAUCUCCACCAUCUCGAGCUCUGCAACUGGAAGAUUGGCCAGUAGGAUUUUGGUCCUAGACUCGGAGCUGGAUGCCAACUCAAGGUGCCAUCACUACAUCCCCAUCACCACCACUAUUGCCACUGCCCUCCUCAGGCUCGGCCUCGACAAACAGCUCUUUGUUCGACGGACCUUCAUCAUCUUCAUGCUUUUGCUGAUCCUCCAUAUUUUUUCUCUUGGAUGA